AUGUCGCGUACAAGGAGAUUUGCUGCAAGAAAAGCUUCAACAACCUCUACAACUCCUACCCUGCAAACACAAAAUGUACAAGCCAAUGAGAACAUAGGAAAUGGGCUUGAAAGUGUGGAAACACAGCCACGUGAAGUACAAAGCCAAGGAGAUGAAGUUUCUAAUGAAUCUGCUCAACAAAAUGAAAGCCAAGCUCCCUACCGGCCCAAGAGGGUGUGCAACAAUUAUUGGGUGGUUGAUGUUAUAGAUGAACAAGGAAGGGUUAACGAGGAAAAAUUGCGCAUUAGGGACGUUUUGGUACUUGCAUAUAACAAGCUUGUGAUGGUGCCAUGGAAUGAAGAGAAGCAGCCUGUUUCUGAUGCUGCUGCACUGUUGAAUGGCUUUUUAGGACAUCUUGCAUGUAACACUAAUAUGUUCCCAAUAUGUUUCGAUAGGUGGCCUCAUGUACCUCCAAACUAUAAGAAGAUUGCUUGGGAGAAGACCAUAACGAAAAAGUUUAAUGUUUUCCUGGAUUACCACCGCGAUUAUUGUAUGGGAAGUAUGGGAAAGAAAUGGAAGGAUAACAGAUGGAGGCUAUGCAAUUAUUAUUAUCAUAAAGAUCAAAGUUAUGAGCAAAACCUUGAGAAUUAUCCUGAUGGUCUGACUAGAGAACAAUGGGCUGGUUUUUUGCAAUAUAAGUUAAGUGAUAAAGCCAAGAAAUACAGUGAGAUAAAUACUAGAAAUAGAGCAAAGCAGACCAUUAUGCAUACACUUGGAUCAAAAAGCAUUGCAAGGACAAAAUACGACCUGGAACAAAAACAUGGACGCAAAUUUAGUAGGGGGAAAUGUGGGCCAUUUCGCAUACGAAAAAGGAUGGACGAAUUACAAGCAGAGAUAGAGGAGAUAACUUCUGAAGAUGAGGCAUUUGAGACAGUGUUGGGGAAGGAGCACCCGGGGCGAGUUAGAGGAAUGGGGUAUGGGGUGGUUAUAACUCAAAUGCGUAAGCGCCGUUGCACUUCUGCAUCAUCUUCUUCUGCUGGUCCUUCACAAGCAGAGUAUGAUGCCCUCAAACAGGAACUUGACUGUUUAAAAGGAAAAAUAGGAGAAUUUGACUCCAUGAAAGCACAAAUGGCUUCUAUUAUGCAACAUUUGAAUGCUCAACAGGCUUCUCAUAUUUCCUUAAAUGAGGUAGCAGAUUUGGGUUCUCCCGGGGUUAGAAGAUCUUCUCAUGCAAGUUAUGACCCAAAUUGUGAAGGACUGUAUUCAUCCCAUCAAAUUCCACCACCACCACAAAUUUGA